AUGGCGCCGCCCAGCAGCCUCGGCAAGCGCGUAAAGGGCACACAGAUCAAGCGCCCGUUCAUUUACGGCACGACCGCCCGCCCCUUCGAUCCCGAAACCAACCCCAAGCCCGAGGGCGUCCCUGAAGACCACACCCACUCGUGGGAGGUAUUCGUCAAGGCCAUCGAUGACACCGACAUCACAUACUGGCUGCGAAGAGUUCAAUUCAAGCUCCACGAGUCUAUUCCCAACCACGUGCGCAUGAUCGAUGGCGAGCCUGGGAAGCCCUUUCUGAUUCAAGAAACCGGAUGGGGAGAAUUCGAGAUCACCAUUAAGAUGUACUACGCCUCCGAGUCUGGAGAGAAGCCCCAGACUCUAUACCACAACCUUCGCCUACACCCGUACGGAAGGACCGACGCCGAGAAGGAGCAGAUGCUGCGGCAGAACGACGGCGAGAUACGUGCAUGGGCCUUUGACGAGCAGCUUUUCAACGAACCGUACGAAGCCUUCUACGAAAUUCUCACAUCCGGCGCGCACCCCAAGGGCCACCCUGUCGGCAAGGGAGGCAAGGGCAAGAACAAGCCGAUCCCGCCUCUGCCCGAGAAAACAUCGAACGUACAGGUGGCGUGGGAGCGUAGUGCGCUGUUGCCCGCGGUGAACAAGCCAGGCCAGCCCUUCAGUCUGGAAACAGAGCAGAUCGAGGUGAAGAAGCUCAGGGAGGCAGAAGCCAAGGUAAAAGAGAUGGCCAAGCAACAGCUGGAGACUCUGAAGGAGAAGGAGGCCCAGCUGGCCUCCCUGAAAGCCGAGAACGCUGCUGCUACGACGGCCGGUUAG